CACAGCUGAUCCAAUCCCACCUUUUUGAGAACCACUGAUUUGCCACUACCUUUAACAACAACACUCAAUGUUUUAUACCAGAUAACAAGAGCUGGACCCUAAGAAAAUUUGUGUUCAAAAUUUAUAUAAGUUUUCAGAACAUUCCCAAAUAAAACAAAAAAAAUGAGUGUCAUUUCAAGGCUGAGUUCUUUAGUAGUGAGAUCUAAGAUUCCUUCGAAAGCUAUUAAAAUGUUCAAAACAGAGAUCAGAAAUUGGUGCCCUUGUAGAACCGUUUUAGGUCCAACACUAUUUGCCACUACCUUUUACAACUUGCAUGAAGAUAAACUCGACACCAAUUCCUUUUUGAAAAGUAGUAGAGAAGUUGAAGAGGAAGUUAUUAAUAAGGCCUUCAUUAGUCCAGAACCUGAACUACUAGAACUCAUGGAAGUUCUCGAAAAAUGCAUAAUUGAGUCAUGCGCUCAGUAUAGGAUAUGCAUAAGGAAACAAAUUGAAAUUAUUGAAAAGUCUUCGAGAAGUGGUAUUUAUUCAGACUAUUUGGACGAAUUGCCUGAAUAUCGAACUCUUGCAUUCGAUUUGAGCCAUGAAUUGAACAAUUACAUAGUACUCCUUAAAACUGUUGGAGAAAUGACUUAUCAACAUCUAAUGAGUUCUGCCAAGGGAGAGUCAAUAAAGGAUAUAAAUCUAAUCAGUGAAAAAUAUAAAAACUUAGAAAUUUUACUUCAAAAACAACUAGAUGAGAAUAGAAAGUUUGAGAUGGAAUUGAAUACUGCCAAUCGUAUCCAAACAUGAGCUCCCAGAGAGGAAACACCACAAGACAGAGGCCACAAAAAUACAAGAACACAACAGCCUUCAAAAAUGAUAUGCAUGAUAAAAGUAAUAAAACAAAAAUGAUUAACAAUUUGCAAGUGAAUCAUGUAUGCAACCGUUGCAAGGAAGUGAUUGAA